AUGACUUACAAAAUAAAUGGAAAGAUUAAGAAUAUUACCGACUAUUAUUUGGCUAAUGUUGUUUUAGGAUUCUCAGCAUACAACAAUAAAUUUGACAAAAUUGGUGUUUUAACAUGCAUUGAUACUCGUCAAUUCCUCAAAAAAUCAAGUUUGAACUAUACAAAUAAUUUUUCACACAUAAGAGUUAGGAUUCCAAGCAUUCCUGUUAACAAUACUGUUGGAGAAUUAAUGAAACUGAUGAGGAAUGAUUUUAAUGAAAGAGUUAAACGCGGCGAAAUGUUUUCCGCCUUGAAAGCAAUGAAAGAAAACUAUUUCAAGCAAUCUGAUACUGAGAAAAAAGAUAUAGGCUGCGUUUGUGAUCUUUCAUUAAUAGGAACAUUUGAUCUGGGGAAUAAAUUCAAGGAUGCUUGGGUUGACUAUCACAUCAAUGCUGAAGAAAUCAAAAAUAGUGUCGGAUUCCUUUCUUUUUCUGUAAUCAAAAAUGGUGUAAAUACAAUUUAUGGCAAAUUCAGAACAGCUACAACAUAUUUUUCUGAAAAAGACGCUAAAAUUGUUGGAAGUUUAAUCAUUCAUGGAAUGAAAACAAUUCAUCCUCAAAUGAAAAUAUCUGACGCAUUGAGCAUGCUCAAAGAUUAUCAAAACUAUUUAUCAAAUUCUUUAUAUUUAAGGCUCUAG